GAUACCCAUGGUGUUAAAGCCUUCGCUCUGCACGAGAGUUACCCUAGGUCUCUUCCACUCGAAACCGUGGACGAUGCCUCUCCGCGCAAAGAUCUUGAGACCUGGCUUUUCCUCUCAACAAAAGAUGUUUGCCUCUUCUCUAGUGAUAAAGGAACAAGAGGGGGAUGCGCCCCAUGACGUACUUUUCGGUUCAACAUAUGGAGUUCGCACGAUCGAACUUAAUCGACCCGGGUCUCUGAACGCUCUGAAUGGCUCAAUGGCACGAAAGAUUGUUCCCCGGUUACGAGAAUGGGAAAAAUCACAAAUGGCAAACAUAAUAAUCCUCAAGGGCGCUGGAAGGGCCCUAUGUUCUGGGGGGGAUGUAGCGGCACUUGUGGAGUCCAUUAAGGGCGAAGGGCCGAUUGGCGUUCAGAAGGCGGUAAGGUACUUUGAAUUGGAAUACAGGCUCGACCACCUUGUUGCUACCUAUCCUAAGCCGUAUGUUGCGUUCAUGGACGGGAUCACAAUGGGCGGAGGAGUUGGAUUGAGCAUUCAUGCCCCAUUCCGAAUCGCCACGGAGAAUACUUUAUUCGCUAUGCCCGAGACAAAGAUUGGAUUCUUCCCCGACGUCGGAGGCUCGUUCUUCUUGCCAAGACUUGAUGGGGAGAUCGGGACUUAUCUUGCUUUGACGAGCGAGGGAUUAAAGGGUGUUCAGGCUUUUUACUCUGGUCUCGCGACUCACUACAUUCACUCCACCAGUCUACCGGACCUGGAGGCGAGACUGGCAGAGCUUGUUUUUGGCGACUAUCAACCCCUCAAAGAGCGUUGGGAAAUUGUUGAUAGCACAAUUGAGGAGUUUGUCACUGGUUUGCCAGAAGAUACACCCAUUCAGCUAUCCGGUGAAAUCCGGAAGGCAAUCGACCGAUGUUUCAGGUUCAACACAAUCGAAAAGAUCCUCGAAGCACUGACUCGAGAAGACUCCGAUUGGGCGCGCGAGACGUUCGAGACAAUAAAGUCCCGCUCCCCAACCUCGGUCCGCGUCACGCUCCGCCAAUUACGCGCGGGCAAGGAAUGGACCAUCUCAGAGACCUUCCAGCGAGAGCUGCACAUGGCAACGAAAUUUUUGGAAGGGAAGGACUUUGUGGAAGGCGUUGAUGCACUGCUCCUCUCCAAGACGUCGGACCCCAAAUGGGAUCCCCCGACUCUAAAAUCCUCGGACGAGAGCGUUACAGCCCCUUACUUCACGGUUGAGGAAGGGGACAGACCUCGCUUGCAGCUCCUCCGCGAUGAAUCCGACGCCGGCUUCGUCGAUUACAAGCAGUACCCGCACGCGAAAAUUGGCCUACCGUCCGAGGCGGAGGUACGCCAGUUGAUUCAGGAGCGGAAGAUGCUCCCAGAUGAUAUCAUCCCAUACCUCGUCGAGGACAGGAACGGCAAGAUUGGACUCGUGGAGAAGGUCAGGGAUAUCAUUGACAGGAGAGUUGGUACCGGGGUCGAUCGGGCGGUUUGGGAAGAAUAAUUGGCGGGGUCGGCUUUGGAAUUGUUUUACUCGUUGUAUGAUAAGUAGACAAUAAACUUGGCAUAGUCUGUUGGAA